AUGAAACCGCCGCGUAUCGCGUCGGUUUUCUCUACCGUGCUGCUCUGUGUAGCGGCCGUUCAGAUCGAUGUAACACACGAUCAUCGUCAACCGACCACGUUUCAGUUAGAGAAGACAACAUGGCUCGAUUUGAAGCUGCCAUCGAUGGAAAAUGAAGUGUUCUUAAUGUUCAACUCAAGUAUUGAAGAGCCGAUGCCAGUCUUCGAUGUCUUUGGUACUGUUUGUAAAGAGGCGAAGGCUGUGCCUUUGUUUCAGAAGGUUAAAGGUAAGGAUAUUGUAUGUUAAACACUUUAAAACUUCUUAAAUUUUAUUUUGUUACGUAAAAAAUUUUAAGAUUUAAAAAUUGUUUUUGUUAACAAAAUAUUUCAUCAAAUAUUAAACUAUGUAAUCACUUUAUAAUCAAAAUUUUGUAAACCUUAUUAUUGUAUUGCGUUCUUUAGUCACUGCAGUAUGUUUUGAAUAAAUUAUACUUUUCUAUGAUAUCAUUGACACUAAAGACAUAUAACUAACAUUGAUUUUUUGAAACAAAUUAGUUCAACCUAUAGCACGAGCGCGUCCAAAUAAUUGUUACGUCAAAAAAAUUUUUUUAUCAAACUUGAUUAUUUUUUUAAAUUUUAUCUUUGGCUCGGACUCAGCUCCGGUGUCAGAACCGCUCCGAAAUCUUUAGUACUGAAAUUUGGCUUUUUCCUGGCUCGGCUUCAACUCUAAGAUCUGGAGCCCAAAGUCAGCUUCAUAGCUCUUGAGAACUCGGCUUCUAUUAGGUUACUCAAAUAAUUCUGCGCCUUCGUUCAAAAAAAAUUACGAAAUUAGGGAGCGCAGAAUUAUUUGAACAACCUAAUAUAAUAACCAAUGAGUCUUGACGCCAUCUACAACUACUUUUUAAAUUUUAUUUUAUUUCAGGUCCAAUAAGCAAAAUGAUAUCAAGAACAGACUUCCAUAGCUUGAAAUCACAGACAAAAUGCAACAAUACACAAGCUACGAAUAAGACUUUGUAAGAUUUUUUUAUUUUUCUUAUUACCUGACUAACGAACUUUUUCAAAAAACUCAACAUUAACUUUGAUUCAUUUUCUUAUAAAAAAACUAUUUUAAAGCUAAAUUUUUAAUUAAAAUAACAAGAAUUUCCAAAAAGAAUAUUGUAAUUAUGUCUGACCUUUAAAACAAUUAAAAUGUAAAUUUGUUUUACAUUUUUUAAUUGAUGGUUUUUUAGAGUAUAUUUGAUGAUUCAACCCGCACAUGUUUCAAACUUGUCAGCUACAGUAAAUGUUUUACUUCUCAAGAAUGAAACAGCUACAACAAUGUUACGUAAGGCUAAAAUAUUACAUUCUAUAUCCUUAUGUUUAAGUAAUCACAUGUUUAUGACCAAGUAUUUUAGCAAUUACUCAACUAAUCAGUUUAUACUUUCAGCAUUCAAUGCAACUUAUCUACCCUCCAGCGCAACUACUAUAGCUUCGCUUACUGGCCAACAAGUAGUCACUGUAACUAAAUCUGGUCUGACAGAGGCACCAAAAGCUGUAGAAGUGAAUGAUGUAAGUAAAACGCCGAUUACAGAAGCUGUAUAUAGUGUGACAACAAAAGUAGAGCAAGAUAAAACGGCAGAUGUGGUAAAAGCUAGGAGGAAACGUCAAGGUAAGUGGAUAGCAAUCUGGUUUGAAUUAGUUAAGGAGGGCGGGUAUUUAAGUUUAAAAUGGAAAAUUUUUUUUUCAAAAAUGUAACACAUAAGGAACAUUAUACACUUUUUCUUGUUUGACCGCCCGGCAUUGUAUGCUAGUAUAUAUGUUAGACAAUAAUCUUUCUAACUGCUAUCUUAUUAUAUUAUUGAUAUAUUUUUUAGCACUGGAAGCAUUAACACCACCUCCACAUGUCAUAUUAGAAUCUGAUGUUGGCUUGCCGAUGGAUGAUAAUUACUUGAACAUAAAGAUAUUUCAAGAAACGGAGUUAGGGUAUGGCUCAUGUUUUUAUUUUAAAAACGUAAAUUCUUUUACAUUUUUUUCUAUGAUAAGAUGUGUCUUAAAAAAUUUGAAUCAGUGAUUAAAAAGGUUUAAAAUCUAAAUUUCAGUUCAAAAUGCCACGGGAUUCUAAACAUAAUUGGCAAAGGUUGUACCUCUAUAUCAAAGAAGCUAGAUUCUUCUAAUAUUAUUGCCAAAAUUGGUGACGUGGCACAGGUAAUUGCUGUUUUUUGUGAAAUUUCAAAGUUGUAAAACGUUCAAAAUUUACUUUAUUUAAUAUUUAUUUUUACGUUUAUGGUUCAGUGUAGUGAAAGGCCUCAAACAUUACAUGUAAAAGUUGAAGACUUGGACUGUGAUGGGGAAAACAAGAAUCUUAGACUAGAUAUUACACCUGGAAACGUGAGUUUAUAUCUAAAUUUAUAUUUUCAAAUAUUAGACUGUUUAAAUCAUUGAAUAAUUAUGUGCUCCUUAACUUCAGAAGUUUGUUUUGUGAAGAGGCAAAGAAUUAUUUGAACAACCUCGUAUAUAAAUUCCAAUUAAUUUUAAAAAUUUUAUUUUAAGAGUACAACCGGUAACUUGUUGUACUUGUGGAUACCUUUGGCCAUUCUGCUGAGUAGUGUUUUUGUUCUGAUAACAUUAUUUGUACUGUAUCAACGAAUGAGAGCACGAGAACGACACAAUUUUCAACGACAGACCGCGUUGAGCCGAACUCUUUCUGAUCCCAAACCAAGCAGAAUUGCAGCACAGGCAUGGCAACCGUAA